ACCUCACCUACCCCGUCCCCGCAUCAAAUUAAUUUAGCAUCACACUCCUUUCAUUCUUUCGUGUUCACCCUCCCUUUCCACUCACGCCCUUCCCACAGCAAAGCAGUGGCAGAGAAAGGGAAAGCGCUAUAUUAUGCUUCAUGUGGAUCGGCUACGAACAAAGAGAAGGCUGCUCUUAACGUAGUAUCUGGGGACGUCCGAAUAACGAGUCUAUUUCGCGUAUUUUAUAUUGCGAUUUUUAAAGAAGUUUUUGAACAAAUUCGUUUUGGUUUCGUUCACUUUCCGUUUACCGCCUUUUGAGGUGAUUUCAAUUACGACUGUCUGGCGUAUCAUUUUUCAGAUGUUUUUAGGAUUGGCAUAAGUAGAAGACGUAACAGAACCAGUUGCAGAGGAAAAGCCACGGUUGUUGCUUCCACCAUGUCUUUGAACAACAAAAGCAUGCAACCCACCCUUGAUCCCAACACUGUCUCCGCUGGACUGAGGGAGGGACAAGGACCACAAGACCAAGAGGGAAAGGGACAACACGAGGAAGCAUGCAGCCCCAGCUCUGUCACCUCUCACCCAGGGACAGAGGAGCACCAGAUUCUUCUUCCUGCCAAAGAGUCGGCCCCUGACCGUGCCCCUCAUGGAGAGGUCCCGCCCAAAGGGAAAGUGGUUGUUGUCGAUGAGAAGAUGGAGAACAGCAAUGGGAUUUGCCCUGCCCCUGCAAAUAUUACUUCACCCUCCUCUGUCCCCUCCCCUGCUCGGCACCCGCAUGCCAAAUCCUAUUCUCACAAGGGAAGGGUUAGGGCUGGCAGUCGGUCUGGCUUACUUGGUCAUGUGACUGCAUCGCCACGCCCUUCCCUGUCUCAUCAUCCCAGCAUUGCUUCUAGCAGCCCUGGAGAUAGGGCCAAGCCCAGGGACUACCUGGUCUUGGCCAUCCUGGCCUGCUUCUGCCCUGCAUGGCCUAUCAACAUAGUGGGAUUUGCUUACUCUGUCAUGUCCAGGAACAGUCUGCAGCAGGGUAAUGUGGACGGGGCGCGACGUCUGGGCCGGGUGGCCAAGCUGCUUUCUGUGGCCUCUCUGGUGGGAGGAGUCGUCAUUAUUGCCUGCAUGGUCACCUGGGGAAUUCAAUUGAAAUCCUGAUCACCUCCCUCAGCACAGACCAGGAUUUAAGGAAGCACUGAUUAUAAUAUUCCAAUAAUCACCCUUCUCUCAGAAUUCACAUUUCUCUCUACCAUGUUUGGUUGUGGUUUGAUCACGGCCACCAAAUGCAGAGAACAGCAGCCUGUAACUCUAAACAGCCUUUUUUGGUGGGUGGGCAGGAGGGGAGGGGAGGGGGUGCUAAUGAGAACCUACAGUUUACACUAAUGUAGAUCAAGGCAUCUGUUCAAUCAGCAUGACUGAAGAGCCUCUAUGACACCAAGCUGUGUUGUACUCAGUCCAGGAUUAGAAGCUUCACAUAUGACCCCAUGCCUAAAACUGUGCCAUGAUGGAAAAUUGAGCAGAACAAGGAACUGAGGACAAGCAAAUACCUGCAUUAUAGAGCUAUAAAGAUGUUUGUAUCACCUCACUAUCCUGGAGACACCAUCAAGUAUCAACCUUGAGUCAAAAUGGAAGUGUGUAAACAGCAGAUUUGUACUAAUCUAAACAAGACUUUCUUCAUCAUUUACUACUUUUAUUUUGCAAGAUGGAUAUGGACAUACUGUACGGUAAGACUGGUUUGGUAUUUUUUCUUUCCAUUUUACUACAUUCUACAAUUUUAAUGAAACUAUAGAGAAUCUAAGCCUCACACAGAAAGCAUGACAAGAACUCACUGUGAUAUGAUGAAAAGUAUACACACAAAUAAUAUUUCAAGGUUUGGACUUGGCAAAUUGCAGAGAGCUGUGAAAGUGUGCUUAAAACACAGCAUAUACACACCAACAUGCACCAAGAGCAACAGACCCCAUAAUGGAUGUAAAGGAGUUAUGGUUGGAUUAGAGUGAAACUACAGGUCUUUGGCAAAGCAAAAAUGUAAGGAAAGACUGGGAUAUGCUAUACAAAUUGGUAUAAAAUGUUUUUAUUUAAACCACAAAGAAUGUGAGUACAUGGGGAAAAAUAGAUGUAAAUAAUAAUAUUUCACACUUGUAUAGUCACAUCAGCUGUUUCCAUGUCAAAAUCAUGACAACAUGUCACUUCAAGAUUUUAUUCCAUAUUUUAUCCAUUAACAAUGAUCUGUGAUAUUAAGCAGGCUUCUUUUGUAGCCCUAUUUACUUUUAAAGAGUGUGGUUUCCUAAGUUGUAUUAGACUUCACACACAGCUUUAAGGUUAAAGCCUACAGCUUUUCCUAGUUUUAAAACUAGAAUACUAUCGAAAGUGUUAAUAUUGAGCUUGUGUAAGUGACUGUUAACUUUCAUUUAGUUAAUUAAAAUAUCUCUCCAGGUUUAGGUAAAAAAAAAGGCUGUGGCUAAUCUCCAUCAGGACCCUUAAUGUACAGUGUGUGUAUAAUUUUAAAGUUGUGUUUGAGAGUGCAUUGCUUUAUUGUUGAGCCUAUUUGAAAAGAUGAAUUGGCAGACAUGCUGCAGUGUUACAGUGCUACACAGACAGCCGACACGACGGUGCAUUUACAAAAUGUAUGUCUACACCUCAGACGUCAACGGACUGGUGGGUACAAGUAUGGCCAAGUCCUCUGAACAUUGUUCUUGUUUAUGUCUUAAGGGCACUGUGAGGGUGGCAUAUGUGUUUAGUUAUUUUUGCAAGUAAUUUAGGUUAUAUGAAGAGUCAGGUUACAGUCCUUUUCUCAGUUAAUGUAGCACAAAUACAUGAGGUGGAGAUGAGUGCCUUCUUCACCCUGACCCACAGAAGAAACUGCUGCAUGCAAAGAAUAAACAGUUUUUACUUUUUUAAAGGCAAUGUACAGUAGAAGUACUGAUCUGUAUAACCAACCUUCUCUGAUAUACUGCUGGAAAAAAUAUAUAACUUUUUUGUAUGUGUAUCACUUUAAUGUCUCAAUUACAAUUGUGAAUCUGACUGUUAACACACACACACACUUUGUGGAAAUGUUGGAGAAGGUUCAAAAAUUUUGUGUAGUGUGUGUAUGGGAAUGCUUUAUUAUGUUAUAAGCUCAAUACCUCCAGUUUUACAAUUUUCUUAAUUGUUUUUGUUUUGUAAUUUAUUUGUGUAAAAUGACAAAACUGUGCAUAGUCAGCAUCCAACCAAUGAAAAUGACACACUAUUAUAAUACGUUUGGAAUUCAGACAUAUUGUAGUAAAGAAAUUGUGAGUUUCUAUUUAAAUUGGGUAAUUUUUAUUGUCACGGAUUCUGUGUUGAUACUUUGCAUAUGUUUACAUUCCCAGCAGGGGCACGGUAAGGAACUAGGGAGUUGUCCACUUGUUAGCUAGGCAGUUUUAUGUCUUUUCCCAUUUAUUUGUUAGCUAUUUUGUAAAAUGAAAAUAGUAUGGCCUGUCAAUAGAGUCCAUCUUGGAACUUUCCUCAGUUUGUUGUGGUGGAACAAGUUGAAAUUGGAGUUAAUUUGUUAGCUUAUGUUUAAACUGGUUUAUGAAAGACAGGCAAACUCUGUAGUAUUUCUUAUGCAAGUCUAUUUGUUACGUGAUGACUUAUUACUCAAUAAUUAAAACAUUACACAAGUUUUGUAUAACCUGCCAGCAUUGCAAUGGCUGGAAAUGGUCUUCACUGGCAUGCAUUCCCACUUAAAUCAUAUUUGUAUUUAAAUCAUAUUUCUGUAAUAAAACAGCCAUGCUAAAGCAUA